AUGGCGGUUGACACUUUUUGUUGGAACAUUAGAGGAUUUAAUAGUAGUGUAAAGCGGAGAAGCUUCAGGAAAUGGCUUAGGAGUAGUAAACCUCUUUUUGGUAGCAUAAUCGAGACUCGUGUGAAGGUUCACAAGUCUGCGAAGUAUAUUCAAUCUUCUUUUCCAGGUUGGAAUUUUGUUGGUAACUAUGAAUUUGCUGAGCUUGGCAGAAUUUGGGUCGUGUGGGAUCCUUGUGUUAGUCUCACAGUCCACUCCAAGUCAAAGCAGAUGAUAACAUGCAUCGUUAAAGUUCCGUUCAGUAACACGGAGAUAGCAGUCUCCUACGUAUAUGGAGUUAACUGCAAAAGUGGGAGAGCUCUUCUUUGGGAGGAGUUGUGCUAUUUAUCUCGGAUCCUAUUAUUGGCUCCAAGGCAUGACAGUUCCAAAGGUAGUACACGGAUUUCGUCAGGAAUGUCAGAUUUCAGAGAUUGUUUGGUCUACAGUGGGCUCUCUGAUCUCACCUUCCGUGGUAACAAGUUGACGUGGUGGAAUAAGCAAACAACUAAUCAUUUAGCAAAGAAGCUGGAUAGGAUCUUGGUUAAUGAUAACUGGUUGCUGGCGUUCCCUGUCUCUUAUGGUCACUUCGGCGAGAUGGACUUCUCGGACCACUGCCCUAGCACAGUUGUUUUGGGUACAAGGAUUCUCUCCAAAAAGACGUUUAAGGUCUCGCAUUUCCUCCUUGAUCAUGAAGACUUCAUCCCACGUUUGGAGAGGUUCUGGAAUAAUACAAGCAUUGUUGGGACUGCGAUGUUCCAGCUAUCUCGAAAAUUAAAACUAUUAAAACCAGUACUCAAGGACAUCAACAGAGAGCAUUUCUCGGACCUGGAGAAUCGGGUUAAAGAGUCUCAUGACCGCUUGUUGGCUUCUCAGUCAGCUUUCCUCACAAACCCCUCCGCCAUCGCUGCUGCAAGGGAAAAGCAAGCGCACUCUGAAUGGACAACCUUGGCGCUAGCAGAAGAAAAAUUUCUAUAUCAAAAAUCAAGGGUAACUUGGAUGAGGGUUGGGGAUUGCAACUCUACACUCUUCCAUCGUUCAAUGUUGUCACGGAGAUCAGCUGCUAGGGGGUCCCCUAAUGAUACGACUCAUUCUGAUAUGCUUGAGAUCAACCGCCUCACCACAUUUCGAUGUGACAGCACCUGCAAAGCGAUGCUUCAAGGCCCGGUUUCGAUAGCUGAAAUCAAGAAUGAAGUGUUCAAUCUCGCUGCCAAUAAAUCCCCGGGACCUGAUGGUUAUACAAGAGAGUUCUUCAGGAAAUCUUGGCAUAUUAUAGGCUCAGAUUUUACGGCAGCAGUAAGGGAGUUUUUUGUCUCUGGUCAGAUCCUGAAACAAUGGAAUGCGACAGCAAUUACUCUGGUUCCAAAGACAACGGAGGUUGAUAGGAUGGGAGGAUUCAGGCCGAUAUCCUGCUGUAAUGCAGUGUAUAAAGUUGUCUCGAAAAUCUUGGCUCGACGUCUUGAGAAGCUUCUACCUGAUCUCGUUUCUAAUUCUCAGUCUGCUUUCGUCAAAGGCAGGUUGCUGGUUGAAAAUGUGUUAUUAGCAACUGAAAUGGUCCAAGGCUUUGGCAGUGUGAACUCCUCACCUCGCGGCCUUCUCAAAGUGGACAUCCGGAAAGCCUUCGACUCUGUCAGUUGGCCGUUCAUCCUUCAGGUUCUCCAUGCUGCUGAGUUUCCUGAGAUAUUCAUCAACUGGAUAAGACAAUGUAUCACAACCACCUCAUUCUCAGUCAAUGUGAAUGGAGAGCUGUGUGGUUAUUUUAAAGGAGGGCGUGGACUGCGGCAAGGGGAUCCCUUAAGCCCGGCUUUAUUCAUUAUUGCCAUGGAAACCUUUACAAGCCUUCUUAAUGAACGGUUUGGAAGGGAACUGAUAGGAUACCACCCCCUAGGUCUGCAACCUAAGGUCUCCCAUCUCUGUUUCGCGACGACCUUAUGA